AUGAAAUCCUAAUAGAAACUCAAAAUUGUUUUUGCCUUUGCUAUUGGAUAUUUAUAUUUGCUUAAAGUCGCUUUUGGAGUGCUCACGUCAAAUUCAUUCAAUUAUUAGUCGUCAUCGAAGUGUGGUCUGCCAACCUGCAAUAGAGAUGAUCAUUUCUCUCAUUUGGAUUUGCCCUUGAAGUAUAAAUCUCAAGGAGUUUUCUAAGUUGACGGGAAAAUCUCAAAAAUACACACCCUCGUGAGACAAAAGCUUUACAAUUCAACUGUUUAUGGUUUCACAUAUAGUGAUACAUUGUCAGAUUACGUGGAUACUAUUGUAUAUGAUUAGGUGACAGAUGAAUUAAGGGUGAUGAGAAAAAACAGCUAGAUUGCGACUCCUAAAUAUGUGACAAAGUCGUUUUACAAGGUUGUGAAAAGGGAUUCAAGGCUUAUAGAAGACUUACAAAAUGGAGUUGGGCUAUUUUUAGACUAUGAAGAAGUAUCGACAGGAUAUUUCGACAUCUAUAUGGCAGCAACUAUUGCGAAUAAAGAUAAUCCAAAUGAAUCAGAUUUCUAUGUUGCCAAGUUUUCAACUUAAUACAAUCUUACAGAGUGGUAUAGACAGUCUGAUUUCGCAGGUUUAAAUGAAACAGUAAUGGGAAUAACCUACGACUAAGAUAAUGAAAUUGCAUUUUUAGCAGUAGAAGUUUGGUCGAAUAUCUAUUUCAAUGCAUCAACAUAUGAUACUCAAGUAAAUACUGCUUUUACAAACUAGUCUAAUUUGGCAAUUAUCGCCUAUGAUAAAUUCUUUGGGAAUAGAAGAUUUGUGUAAUUACUUGGUGAUCCUGUUAAAAAUGAUUCCUUUGUUAAAAUGUAAACUUACGGUAAUAGUCUUUUUGUUCUCUUGGAACUAGAGGAUAAACCUGCAGGAAUAACUAAAAAUAGUCAUAAUAUAUUCAUCUACGAAAUCUUCUAGGAUUCAGGCAAUGUAAAGAGUAUUACCAAGUUAGGGUCACAGGGAUUUUAAGAUGAGGUAUUAGAUAUGCAAGUAACAUAUAAAGGAAUAUUUGUUCUGGCAAUAACAGGAAAUAAUAUAUGCUAGGAUUCAUGUUCAACAUAUUGGAACAAUGGAAAUUAGUAUUCCAAGAGUUUGUCUGUAAUCUUUCUUAAGUAUGGUUCAUCAAGCCUUGAGAUUUUAGAUAUCGAUGCUAAAUUAAUAUCAGUGCUUCAAUAAUCUCUUAAGUAUAUUCCCCAGAAUCUACAUAUUGCUACAAUGAAACCUCUAAUAAAUAGUGACACUGAUUUUCAAUACAUAUUCACUGCAUAACGAGAAGAAAAUUCUGGAAUCUAUUACACUGUGCUUGAUAGUAAUGCUAAUGCAUUUCAGAAGAGUACUGGCUGCACAGACUCUAACUGCAAGUUUUGCAGUUUAAAAAAUAACGGCGUUUGUUUUCAAUGUAAGGAUCCUACAGCAUACAGUCUAGAGAACUACUAAUGCAUUACUUUUGCAACAGUUCUUUAGAAUAGCUAUUUAUAUACUGAUCCUGUCUCAAAUAUAAAGUAUACCAAACCUUGCCAUUAUUCUUGCAAAACCUGCUCGACAUAAUCAAAUUGUGAUACUUGCAAUUCAGGAUUCACAUAUGACUCUGUCAAUAAAAAAUGCACUUGCACCUCUGCAUCCUAAUUCAUGUCUAAUGGAGUUUGCUAGUCUUAAUGUAACCCAAGAUAAACUUAAUGCCCAUCAAACUCACUGGGUAUUCCUGAUUUUAGCACUACUUAUGAUCCCUUUGAUCGAACUACUCUAAGAUAAAACUAAAAAUCCUACAGUGAAAGCCUUGUUUUCACCUCAAGAUUAGAUGUUCCUCCUCUAAAAUUGAAUAUAUCAAACAAAAUCUCAAGCUUGCCCUCUGAUUUCACAUUUAGUUUUUGGUUUAUCAAGAAAGAUGAUGGGACAACUAAUAUGACAAAGAAUUUUGAUUUGAUGUUAGCUUUUGGUAGACUUUAUUUUUAUGUAAUAUAUGCUUCUCCUUCUACUCACUAGCUUCACACGCGCUUUAUACUUGACUCAAUCGGUACAAGUGAUGAUGUUCCAAAUUCUAUUAAUAUAGCGAUUGAUGUUUGGUGCAAAGUGAGUGUUAGUGUGAAAUCUUAAAUUGACAGUACUUAUUUAAAGGAUGUCUUUUACUAUUAUAAUGGCAAUCCAACAACUUAAUCAACAACUGGACCUGAUUUUUACUAAAAUCCGUUCUAAAAUUAUGUGAUUCUAGGUGCCCAAAGUAUUCCUAGCUAAAGUCCUAUAUUUUCUGGUGCAUUCAGAGAAAUAUUAUUUGUCGGGCAGUAUAUGAGUCCUACUUAUCAAUAAUAAAAUGCUCUAAGAUCAUAUAGAGGAUACGGUGUAGAUACCAUGAAUAUACUUAUGUACUACCCACUUGAUAAUGAAAGUCCAGACACAAAUGUCUAUGACUAUAUUAUUAAUGAUCAUUCUAGUUAUGCUGUAGCUGGCCCAAGUUAGAACUUUGAGUACUAAAAUGCUUUUAAUAAGGUUUAUAAACCAUAAUUUAAGGAUAUUUAAGAUCUUAAUUUACAAAUUUGGGAUGAUGUCAUUACUUGCAAAGGAAUCUAAACCGAUACUUCAGUCUUAGAUAGAGCAGUAAUGAGAGGUGAUCACUUGAUGAAUAAGCUAAAAAAUAUUGAUACUUUUAUUGGAGGUGUUACAGGAGAAACAACUGAUUAAAUAAUCUUAUGUGAAAAUGGCUGCGAGUGCCUUAACGGAAUCAAAGGUAGAUUUUAAGUCAUUUCUGUUAGUGUAACAGGCAUUGAUUUGAAUCAAUGGACUUAAAAUCCACCAAAGGAUCUUGAGCAAGGAAAGCAUUACGAAGUUUGCUAUGCUAAAAAUUCACUCACAGAAUAGUAUAGAUUGCCAAUGGGUUAAAUCUACAUUAUGGUUCCAGUACAGUACAUAUAUCCUUUUAAUCGUGGAGUUUAUAAAGGCAAAUCAAUGACGAUCUCUGCAAUGGGAGGAGAUAUUGCACCUUAUGAUAUCAUGUACUAUACAGUCAAUCCAAAUUGUGAGUUUACAACUCCUGAUGCUAAAAGUUUAACUUUUACAAGGCAACCCUAAGGUGCCUUUGAUUCUCAAAGCUUCUCUGAGACUGGAAUUUACCAGAUUUGCUGGUAAUCAGCGAUAGCCAAAGAUACAGGCUAAAGUUAUUAUGUGCAACUGAAUAAUCAUAACUACUGGAUGAGUGUUGCUGAUAUCAAGUUCUCAGAUAAUAAAGCCCCUACUUCCCUUAAACUUAAUGAGAAGUAUAUCUUAUAUGACCUGUCAUCUAGUUACUUCUUACCUGGAGAUAUAUUCAAAUUUUACACAGCAUCAACAUUUGAAGAUUGUUAUAUACCAAAGUAAAAGGGACUCUAUAUGAGCUUUUUUAACAUUAGACCCUCAGGCAUCCCUUACUUCAGCCCUGUAUGGUUUGGGUCAUCAGUUGGAAUAAACUCACUCACAAUUACUGAUAAUCUAGUACACCUUUGCUAUCACUCUUACUCUGACUAAGCAGAUACAACUGGCUAUAGAAUAUCUAAUCUAGAUGAGAACUCUUAUGAAGCAAUAGUAGGCUCCAUAAAUGAUAAUGCUAACUUGCCUGAGAUUACCAAGUUUUUCGUUAAUUAUGCUGGAACUGUUAAUUCUACAGUCAAUGCUAGUUUUUGGAUGCAUCCUUUGGCUAGCUUAACUAAAACUGGAUACGCUUCAAAUCAAUUAUACCCUUCAAGCGAUUUGAAUUCGAAUUUAAAAGGAAAGAUUGAAAUCAGGAGAAUGGCUGUAAAUUAACAAGGAAUUGUAAUUGAAACUUAGGAAGUGCUCUGGCAGAAAAAUGACCUCAAAUCUGACCCUGUCUAGACAACCUAAGGACUAGUUUAGUGCCAAGCUUUCGGUUUAUGCUCAAUUAACAUUACAUAUAUGGUUCCAGGUGAGAUCUAUACAAUGAUCCUAUACUCAAAUUCUUUCUAUUAAAAGCUUGCUGAUGGGACAACAAACGCCUACUUAUUUGGAAAAUAGUCAGGAAUUAAUCCGAUGGUUAAGCAUCUAUUCUUUGUGAGAGGAUGGAGUCUACAGCCAUUAAAACCAGCUAUAGUUAGUUUUGAUACUGGUAAUCUAGAAUUCAAAGGAACUGGGCUGCUAUAUCAGAACAAAACAAGAAUCUAGGCUAUAUUGACAGAUAGUGUAACAGAAGGUAACUUUACCACGAAAGCAAUCAAUAUUACUUUUUAUGUCACUAACAGUGUCCUUUGCUCAAUUAAAAGACCACCUUAUGGAACAGUACUAUAAAAAGACAUUUAAGAUGAUAAAUUUCUUGUAAGAGAUAUGAUUUACAAUGACUGUAAAUAAGGGUCGCUCUAUGCGAAUGUAUAUCUUUGGAGAGGAAUAAAAAACCCACAAACUGGCCAAUUCUCAAAUUUAUUUGUUUCUAAUCACCUUGAUUUUUAUGUUGGAGACUUUGGAUGUGAUUCCUCUUGUCGAAGAUGUAAUGGAACUACAAGUUAAAGUUGCUUGCUAUGUACUGAAAAUUAAAAAAAAUUCUUGAAUAAUGGGACAUGCCUGGAAAGAUGCCCAUCCACUGCUCCAUUCUUUACAACCUAUAUUAUGAUAGCUAGCAAUGCUAGGUACUCAGGAAAUUAGUGUGUAUAGUAGUGCCCAGAGGGACAUUUUCCCAACUAUAAUAAGUAGGAUUAAUAUAAUGGGUCGGUUCCUUGCGAAUCCUGCUUUUCUGGAUGCUAAGUUUGUACUCAGGAUAAACCUAGUGAAUGUCAAAAAUGUAUGCCAAUAAGAUAUAAUCUUAACGGGGCAUGUUUGUUGGAUUGCCCUGAUGAUGAUCUUGCUUUGAGUUUGGUGCCAUUGACAGAGAGAGCAUUUGAGACAAACUAUUCAAACUAUACUUGCCAAAGAACUCAAACAGCUUUUGCUCAAAACAUGACAAAUGAUAUUGGAAUAAAAUUUGUUGAAAUGGGGUACAGGUGGAGGAUACCUAAAGACCAGAUUAUUUUCUUCAAAGUUUCAGUCAAAUCCUCGUCCUAAAUCUCUAAAGUUUACUUUAAUUAACUUGAACCAAUUCCCGAGCUUAAUACUUAAUGUAGCAAAACAGUAGCAGAUACUACUUACUGGGUAUGUGCUUAAGUAAAGAACAAAUUCGUCUUUGAUGAUUUGACUACUAUCAGUACUUCAGACUACUACCUAAGUUCCUAAUAUGCAUACAAAAAGCUUAGAAUGUCAUCCUUCAACUACUUCCGCGACUCAGAUGUGUUUAGAGUCUCAGCCAAGGUAACUAGUCAAGCCUUUGACGUUGAUACGGAUGUUAUCGAAUUUGCAGUUAAUGAUCCCCCAAAGACAAAAUCACUAUUUGUCUCCUCCUCAGAAAAGUACCACAACUAUACAAUGAGAACUGUAUUUAAUAUAACGACAGUAGAUUUGAAUGUGUAAACAGGCUAGCAGGGAUGGUAUGACGACAUAGAUGAUAGCUACCAGAAACUGUUCUUCAUGCUUUUUAUCGACAGUGGAGAUCAGAGAUAUAUGAUUUACCCAACUACAUACUAGCUUGACACUUUUAUCAUUAAAAUGCCUUAUAUUAGCAACGAAUACGAAUUUAGACAGGUUGAUAUUUAUGUGUUUGCUGAAGAUGAAUAUGCAGCUACUGCCUAUAAAUAUGCUUCCAUUAAUAUUACUAACACUUAUGAUAUGAAUUAAAGAUCGAAAAUACUAAAAGAUUUAUUUGGAUUCGUUCUUAAUGGAACUCUUUUAAAUAAUCAGUAUCAUUAGUUGAUGGUGUCUAACUUUAUGGAGAUUGCCUUUGAAGAACCAAGGCUACCUUUAUACAGCGGUGCCUAGUGCCUUUCAGACUAUCACUGCUUUGACAAUGGUGAAUGCUCUAGCAUUAUGAGUGGGUUCCCAGAAUGUCUUUGUGAUGAUUAAUUCGUGGGAGACUUUUGCCAGCUAAAAGUAGAUGAUUAUAUUAUAGCGAAGAACCUCACCUCAUAGCUCUAUGACAGUCUAGAUUUAUACUUCGAAAAUCAUACAUCAGUAGAUCACUACAAAAAUUACGAUUUGGAAUUCCUUGUCAUGCUUAUGAAAGGCACACUCAAGAAUUAUGAGACUAUCACUUUUGAGUAGGUUUAUAGAGGACUGAAGCUAAUGACAAGUUGUAUAAAGGCACACACUGAGGUGGUCUAUACCUUCUCGAAGUAUUUCUAUGAUGAUUUUUAUGAACUCAUGAGUCGCAUACUUGGGAAGAUACACUAUGACAAGAUAAAUCUCGAAACAGACUUUUCUAACAGCAAUGAAGAGAUACAAGACAUACUGCUAUAAUUAGAACCACUUAUGGAUUUACAUUCACUUCCUAUCUGGAGAUCAAAUUAGUAAGAACGCUCUCUCAAGAAAUACUUAACAGUUCAAGGAAAGGUGAACCAACUUACUUCAAAAUGGAUGAAACAAACACAAACAAUGUUGAAAUUAGAGGACCUGCUGGGUUUUUAGAUGGAAUACCCGAUGUCAAUGAUGUCAGUGACUUGA